UAAUGGUUCAAAAUCCUAAACCCUCGCCAGAUUCUGCAACCAAGAACGGUUGCAGCAAGUUGUUUCCGACACUGAUGGUGUUCGGAAGCAAAAGAGUGAGUUUUUAAUGCUUCGAAGAAUACCCUCUUUCUCUCGUUUUCGUCUUCUUCAUCACAUGAUGGGCACUUUCUCUCAUUCCCUUUUCAUCCACUCUCCUUCUUCUUCUCUGUCUUUUUCAAAGCACUGUCAUUGCUCCACAAACACUGAUGACACUGAGAGCCAUAGCAACGGAACCCAGCUCUUGAUUUCCAUGAGAAACCUAUGCUGGUCAGGUAAAUUGAAGAAUAUUGAUGAAGCUUUGGACUUGUUCCAAGGCAUGGCUAGAAUGAAGCCUUUGCCUUCUGUGAAGGACUUCACUUUGUUGUUGGGUGCUAUUGUGAGGUUGAAGCAUUACACCACUGCCAUCUCUUUAGUUAAGCACAUGUUUUCUUCUCUAGGCAUAGAAGCUGAUACCAUUACUCUUAAUAUAGUGAUCAAUUGUCUUUGCCGUUUGAAGUUGGUUGCUUUUGGGUUCUCUGUGUUGGGAACUAUGUUCAAACUUGGUUUGGAGCCCACUGUGAUGACUCUCACCACUCUCAUUAACGGGCUUUGUGUCCAGGGCAAUGUGGCUCAGGCUGUGGGACUGGCUGAUCAUAUGGAGAAAAUGUGGUAUCCAUUGGAUGUUUACACAUAUGGGGUGUUGAUUAAUGGGUUGUGUAAGACGGGAGACACUUUGGCGGCAGUAGGGUGGCUAAGGAAGAUGGAGGAAAGGAAUUGGAAACCUAAUGUGGUGGUUUACAGCACAAUUAUGGACGGUUUGUGCAAGGAUGGAUUGGUAUCUGAGGCGUUGAAUUUGUGCUCGGAAAUGAAUGGAAAAGGUGUUCGACCUAAUCUGGUCACUUACGCUUGCUUGAUUCAAGGUCUUUGCAAUUUUGGAAGAUGGAAAGAGGCGGGUUCUCUGCUGGAUGAGAUGAUGAAAAUGGGAAUGAGGCCGGAUUUGCAAAUGCUCAAUAUUUUAGUUGAUGCUUUCUGCAAAGAAGGAAAAGUGAUGCAGGCUAAAAGUGUGAUUGGUUUUAUGAUUCUGACUGGGGAAGGGCCAGAUGUCUUCACCUAUAAUUCAUUGAUUCAUAUAUAUUGUUUGCAAAAUAAAAUGAAUGAGGCCAUGAGAGUAUUUCAUUUAAUGGUUAGCAGGGGCCGUUUACCGGACAUUGUGGUUUUUACUUCACUUAUCCAUGGAUGGUGUAAGGACAAAAAUAUUAAUAAGGCUAUGCAUCUGUUGGAGGAAAUGAGUAAGAUGGGAUUUGUUCCUGAUGUUGCCACUUGGACCACUCUUAUAGGUGGGUUUUGUCAAGCAGGUAGACCAUUAGCUGCAAAAGAACUGUUUCUAAAUAUGCACAAAUAUGGUCAAGUCCCCAAUCUCCAGACUUGUGCUGUUAUAUUAGAUGGCCUAUGUAAAGAAAAUCUUCUUUCUGAGGCAGUGUCGUUGGCUAAGGCAAUGGAGAAGAGUAAUUUGGAUCUUAAUAUUGUAAUUUAUAGUAUUUUGCUUGACGGAAUGUGCAGCGCUGGAAAACUGAAUGCUGCAUGGGAACUCUUUUCUAGUUUGCCUGGUAAAGGUUUGCAAAUUAACGUUUAUACUUAUACCAUUAUGAUUAAGGGUCUCUGUAAACAAGGCUCGUUGGAUAAAGCUGAAGACUUACUGAUAAAUAUGGAAGAGAAUGGCUGCCUGCCAAAUAACUGCACUUACAAUGUCUUUGUCCAAGGCUUGCUGACAAAAAAGGAGAUUGCAAGGUCAAUAAAAUACCUUACAAUAAUGAGAGACAAAGGGUUUUCAGUAGAUGCUGCUACCACAGAAUUUAUUAUCAACUACUUAUCUACUAAUGAAGGAGACACCAAAAUUCGAGAAUUUUUGUUUCCAAAAAGAUAGCAAAUGCCAUUAGUUUCGCUAGGACAUUUAUUCAAAUCCUGACUCUCAAUUCGUCCAUGUUCCACAAUCCUAUAGGACCCCAUAGAGAGAACUUGCAUAGGCUUCAGAACUUACCAUUUGUUAAAUAUAUAAAACCAUUACCAUUCAAGUGCUUCCACCUGACAAUUUGUGUGAUUAGGAGAGUUGGUCCUUAACAUGGUUCACAAGCCUCAUAAAUAAGAAACUAUGACAUUGAUC